AUGACCGCUGCGCAAUCUGAGAAGACCACUGUCCCACCAAUGGGCAUUCAGCCUGUUGCCGGUGAAUAUUUCAUAAGCCCAGAGGAAGAUCGAAAAGUGCUGUGGAAGAUCGACCGGGUUGUUAUGCCUGCCAUGAUGGUUGUCUUGUUCUUUCAGUACCUGGAUAAACAGGCGAUCAACUAUGCGACCGUGUUCGAUAUGAAUAAAGACCUGCAUCUCUCCGGAUCGGGCUUUUCUUGGGUAAUCACAAUAUUCUAUUUCGGACAGAUGAUCGGAACUUUUCUCUCUGUCUAUACUAUCAGUCGUUUCCAUACAGUGAAAGUAGUCGGCAUCACUAUGUACGUACGCUCUUCCUUUGGCCCAUUCUCUUUCCGUUCCUUAUAUUGCUCUUACAUUGGAUCGAAGUUUAGUUUCUUCUGGGGUCUCUGCGAAAUGUGCUUUGCUGCAACCAAGAACUUUGCCGGAAUCGCAACUGCCAGAUUCUUCCUAGGCUUUUGCGAAGGCGCCGUAUCUCCGGGAUUUAUUACUAUUACCAGUAACUGGUACAAGAGGACAGAGCAUCCUAUAAGGAUUGCUUGGUGGACUACAUCCGGUGGGCUUGCCACCAUAUGCGGCGCCAUCCUGAUGUAUCUUGUCGGUGGCGCCCACAGCAUGGCCAUCGCACAGUGGAGGGUGAUGUUUCUCAUAUGCGGCGGUGCCACCCUUGUCAUGGGCGUGCUUUUCUUCUUCACCAUGCCACUCGAUACCACCGUGGCAUGGUUCCUAAACAACGACGAACGGAGAAUCGCAACUGAGCGACUGGCACUAGACCGUGUCACUCGUGACAGAUUAGAGUUUAGCAGUGCUCAACUGGUUGAAGCACUACGUGACCCACUCGCAUGGCUCUAUUUCUUGUUUGCUUUCUUUAUCUGUCUUCCUUCGCCCAUUCUAAAGUUCUCGUCUCUUGUCAUCGACGGCUUUGGAUUUACCAACUUUCAAACCAUGCUCGUUGGUCUUCCCUCGGGGGCCCUUCAGAUUAUCGCAGUCUGGAUGUCCGCUCUUGGGAUGCGAUGGACUAAGGACAUGCGUUCAUGGUGGGGAUUCCUCAUGACCUUGGUACCGCUUGUUGGCAGUAUCACUAUGCUUUCCCUCCCCAAAUCAGACAAAUGGGGCAUUGUCGUUUCUACGUGGUUGGCAGCGUGUACGAGUUCUCUCAUGAUGAUCAGCUCGAGUAUGAUCGCCUCGAAUAUCCAAGGAAAUACGAAAAAGUCCGCUAUCAGCAAUAUGUUUUUCAUCGGAUACACUAUUGGAUGCAUCGCAGGCCCUCAGCUAUGGACUGCACAGGAUGCGCCAAGAUACACCAAAGGAUGCAUCGCUAGCAUCAUCAGUUGGGGCCUGCUACUGAUGGCUUAUUCAAUCCACUAUUUCUAUCUGAAGAGGGAGAACAAGAGACGGGCGACGCUUGUGAUGGAAAUGAAUGCCGCUGAAUCAACCGCGAAUGAAGAAGAGAUCAGCAAGGCUGAUAACCACAUUGGCAUAGAGAUCGAUUCAGAUCUCACGGAUAGACAGGAUCUGCGCUUUGUCUAUCGCCUUUGA